AUGCAUCACCUCACGAUCCGGCUAUUGGCCCUUUGCGGCUUAGCAGCUGCCGCAACUUGUGAUGACCGGCGAUACUCGACGUGGAUGCUUGACAGCAUCAAGUCGCGAAACCAAGGCAUUAUCUCGUCUGGUGCAGCAAGCAGCUUCUUGGAGACCGGCGUUCUCUCCAUCGCUAUGGAGGCAACGAUCAAGCAGUACCCGGACCUCAAGGAUCAAUAUGCUUCUUACCUGAAGGAUGUUCUCAACGAAGGGACUCUCAACUUGGUCAAUGCAACCUACGACGCAACCCGACCUCUGGACCGCUUCUCGGUAGCAACCGCCAUCAACGCCAUCUCUAAAUUUGGAAUCGAGGGGAUUUCGACCACAGCAUUGGCAGCAUCAAAGGCCAUCAACGAUUCUCUGCCGCUCCAAGACCGGAACCCCGUCGGAGGCUUGUUGUACUACGUUUACCCUGGAUGGAGUUACCUAGACGGCAUAUUUUCUGUGCUGCCGUUUAUGGCGGCGCAACAGCAGCCCAACUACACCGACAUCAGCUUGCAGGUUUCGCUGCUCUAUGAACACUGCUUCCAAAAGAACACAUCCUUGGUCGUUCACGGAUAUGAUUACUUCAAAACUGCUGUUUGGGCCAACAAAGAGACGGGCGCAAGCUCGUUCGCAUGGGGUCGCUCCGUGGGUUGGUUCGUGGCAGGCUUGGUCCAGACGUGGGAAGCUCUCGACUGUCCCACGAGUAAACACGAGGCCAAGGCCGUGUGCAAGCAAUUGCGAGACAUUACGACGCAACUGGCCACGUCAUUGGUCCGCUACGCCGAUCCCGACACCGGAGCCUGGUGGCAAUUGACGACAUUCCCGGGACGCAGCGGCAACUACCUCGAGAGCUCCAGCACGGCCUUGUUCAUAUUCUCCAUGCUCAAAGGCGAGAGAUUGGGAAUGCUUUCGAACUCCAAGGUGGACUUCAGGAAGGUGGCUUUGAAGGCCUACAACUACACCACCCGGAACUUUGUUGUCGAUACGGGAAGCGGCACGAUCGGGUACAACAAGACGGUCGCUGUGUGCAGUCUCAACUCAACAGCUUCAUACGAGUACUAUACGCACCAGCCACUGUUGCCUAAUAGUCUCCUCGGAGAAUCGGCCUUCGUUUUGGCGUCUCUCGAGGUAGAGAGGAAGUAG